AUGCCGAGCCAAUCCCGGGGGCGGCACGUCGCUUCGCCGUCCGCCGCCCCUUCGCGCGCGGGCGGGCGCGUGGACGCGCAGUGGGACGCGCACUGGGAUCCGCCGGCGUUCCGCCGCUGGCUGCUGGGCUUCGCGGCGGUGCGCUUCGACCUCGAGCAGGGCCAGCUGGUCGAAGCGCUCUUCCCCGCGGGCGCCCUAAGCGCGGAGGAGGAGACUGACGUGGCGUUCUCGUCGUUCCCCGACUCCAUGUCCACCGUGCACUCGCGCGCCUCGCUCUACGACUGCCUCUUCUUCUUCCGCAUCCGCCGCCGCGGCGUUCCGCCUGCCCUCGCCGCCACGAGCGGCGGAGGCGCUGGCGGGGUUGAUGGCGGGGCGGGCAGCGGCGGCGACGGCACAGCGGAGGGGGCUGGGCGGAGUGCGCUCGCCUCGCAAUCUCCGCUUCUGCAGCAGCAGCACGCGCACGCUAGUGUCGGUCGGGGGGCAGCAGGGGGGGCAGCCGCGCGGGCGACGAGUCGGGCGGAGCGGUCCGCCGCGUCCGCGCGGAGGCAGUCCGCCAGCCCGCCGCGGUGGGACCCGGGAACCAAUUGCGCGACGACACCUGGUACGACGCCGCGGCGAGGCAUCAGCGUGGGGUACGGCGGGGGCCCGGGGGGGCCGAUGGCGGAGAGCAUCAGCGCGCCCGCGUCGUCGCUCACCAGCCCCACGGGGCUCGUCGCCGCCGCCGCCUCGCCCUUCGCGCGCCUCGACAGAUGCGCCACGGAGCCGCUCGCGGGCGGCGAGGAGGGGGACGAGGCGGAGGUGCAGUGGCGCGCGCAGGCGGCGGCCGGCGCGCUGAGACACUCCGCCAGCGCGCGGGGGAGCGCGGGGCAGCGGGAGGAGGAAGCUGCGGUGGGCAGAUCCGCGUCCAUGGGGGCGGGGAGGCGCGCGAUGCCCGCGCACAGCCAAGACGAGGACGACAGAGGGGGGCACGGGGGGUCCGGGGGCGGAGCAGCAGCAGGGGCGGGGGCGGGAAGGGGCGGGGCGCGGUACAUGUACGGGUUUGUGUUCAACCGGCAGCGGCAUGACGAGCGGCUGCCACGAGGCGGCGAGCAGAAGUCGGUGGUGGUGCUCUCCGAGCGCCCCUUCUCCGCCGCCUUCCGCCGCCUCGCCCAGGUCGUCGGCCCGCUCUACUUCGACCGCGGACCAAUCGCCUUCGUCCAGGUGGCCGCGUGGGUCUCGCUGUGGCCCGCGCCCUACCAGCCGAGCGUGGCGGGCGGUGGGGGCGUGGGUGGGACGGCGGGGGCGGGCGGUGUGAUGGAGCUGCCGGUGGGGCCGCGCACGUCCCUGCGCGUGCAGCUGCCACCCGCCCACACGCUGCCGCCCGCAUCGCACUCGGCGCUGGACGACUUCACCGCCGCCAUGGCGCCCGCCCCCCUCUCCACCUCCGCGCCCCAGGGCAUAUUCCACGACGCGGACGUGUUUGGCAUCCUGCGCGGCGUGGCGGCGCAGCUGUGGGUGUUGUGGGAGCUGCUGCUGCUGGGUGAGCCGCUGCUCGUCAUCGCCCCCACGCCCGCGCAGUGCUCCGAGGCCGUGGCCGCCCUCGUGGGGCUCAUCGCGCCGCUGCCGUGCUCGCUGGACUUCCGCCCCUACUUCACCAUCCACGACCCCGACUUCCCCGCGCUCAACGCGCUGAGGGAUGGGGACCCACUCCCUGCUGUGCUGCUGGGGGUGACGAACCUCUUCUUCCUCAAGGCGUUGAAGCACCUGCCGCAUGUGCUGUCCGUUGGCCGCCCGCCGCAUGGCGGGCAGGGCGUGGCGGGGGCGCCGCGGUAUGGGGCGGGGGCGGGCGGCAGCUUGCAGCCGAAUGGGCAGGUGGCGGUGAGGGAAAGCGCGGGGCGGCUGCCACACCAGCAGCAGUCGCCACUGCGACGCCUGGCCACUGGCGGGCUGCUCAGCCCGACACCGCCGUGCUCAACCGCCUUCUCGACGCCUCCACCGCUCUGCACCCCUCUGCCUCCCACCGCACCCACCGCUCCGGCUCCUCCGCCCCCAACGCUGCUGCUGCUGCCUCCCCUGCUGACGCCACCUCUCUCGCCUGCUGCUGCUGCCGCUGCUGCUGCUGCCGCUGCACGGGUGGCAGCAGGAGGGGGAGCGGGCGGGCGCCCUGCAUCGGCGUCUGCCCCCCCGUCCACCGCGUCGUCCACAGCGUCGUCUCUCUUGAGCCUGCCGGGCGCCGUGGCGGGCUCGCUGCUGGCGGGUGUGGCGGGCGUGGCAGGGCUGGACGAUGCAGCUGACGCCACCACGGGGGGAGCAGCAGGGGGAGUGGGGGGGCGGGGGGCGGGGGUAGCGGGGGAGACGGUGGCGAUGGUGAACAACGAGUUGCUGCGGCGCCACUUCAUCGAGCUCACCACCAACUUCCUCGCCCCCUUCGGCCCCUUCCUCCGCGCCAAAGCCCCGCCGCCCGACGCCUCGCCCUUCUGCGACCCGCCGCCCUUGCCACCCUUCGACGCCGCAGAGUUUCUCGGGCAGCUUGCUGCCCGCGGGCCGGGGAAGUUUCUUGCGAAGCGGCUGCAGGCGGGCAGGUGGCUGGAGGUGUACAGAAGGUUCCUGGAAGGUCCGAACUUCAUGCCGUGGUUCCAGCGGCGGCGCGCCGUAGCGGAGGCGGAUCAGCACCGGCUGUGGCGGGCGGCACGGCUGCGGGCGGACGUGAGGAAGGCGGUGGGCGGCAUGGGGGAGGCAGACCUGGUGGAGGCGUUUCUGUGUGUGGAGCGACACAUGGCAGUGGAGAGCAAGGCGUGGCGGAGGGCGGGCGAGUCCCCAGCAGUGGGCAAGCUGAGGGGCGACCUGCGUGUGCUGUGGGCGCACAUGCCGCCCGCCACGCAGCGCCUGCUGCUCCUCUCCCCCGCCCACGCCGCCUCCCUCCAGCUGCCGCCCUCCGCCGCCCCUGAUGAUGCCGGGCGGGGCUCGUCGGCGGUUUGUGGGAGUGGUGAGUGGGGAGAGGAGCGAUGGGGGCAGCGGGCGAGUGAGGGCGCGGGGAGUGGCAGGGAGGGGGCCAGUGCAGCAGGGCCGGCGCAAGGAGCAGCGGCAGCGGCAGGGGGGAGGGGAGGGGGGUGGGGUGGAUGGUUGUUUGGGAGGAGGAACGUGGAGAGCACGGGGAGUGGGAGCGGUGUGGGGGAGAGGCGGGUGACAGCAGGCAGUGAUGCAAGGGGGGGAGAGGAGGCAGCAGAGGCAGCAGAGUCAGGGCGGGGAGGACCAGCCGAGACACAUGGGUCUGCUGCGCCCGGUUCUGCUUCUGCUGGGGUGGACCAGGGCGUCGCCUCAGGUGAACUUUCAGGUGAUUCUUCAGGGGGUGUGGGCGGCAGUGGGGAGCAGAGCGGGACAGUGGAGAUGGUGGAGGCAGCGCAGCACCUCUCAGCGCUCGUGGCCAAUCUCAGCCUGCCACCUGUCAUCGCCCUCAACGGCGAAUCACGCCCCUCAUCCAACCCUGGCAAGGCCUGGUCUGAAGCGUCCAGCCCUCCCCGAGGCUCCUCUGCAGGCUUGGGCCGAACCUCAAGCGGCGCUUCUCCUCGAACAGCCGGGAUAGGGUGGGGCACAGACAUGUGGGACGGCAGCAGCAGCGGCUUGAGCAGCAGCAGCAGCGUGCGGAGGAGCACGCCUGCCAACCCUGCCUCCGCCACCCCCAGCAGCACCGCCAUGGGCAGCAGCACAGGCCACGUGGCGAGUGCUCGCUUCGCCGUGUCCCCCGUGGUGCCGUUUGGGCGCCGCCCCGGCCUCUCCGUGGGGCGCACGCCGCCACGCCUCUCCUCCUCCGCCCCUGGCACGCCCCUCCACCUGCACCCAGGAGGGACCUUCCUGCACGCCCGCCCUGUCCCCUCGCAUGCCGCCGCACCGCACCAAGGGGGUGGGGCCACGGGUGGGGAAGCAGGGGUGUUUGGCGGUGAGCGGUUGAGUGCGUGUGCGAGCGCGAGGGAGGAACUGGGCGGUGGAGGAGCAAGGGGCAUGGAGGGGGGCAUGGAGGGGGGCAUGGAGGGGGGCAUGGAGGGCAGGGGUGAUGGCGGGGGGGUGAGGGUGGGGCGCACGGCCACGGAGCCGGUGCUGCCGUCGUCCUUCCACCCGCUCGCCUGA